AUGGAACUUCUCUGCGCUCUCCUUAUCCCUCGACGUCUCUCUCUCAUGUUUACGGGCUGUUUCCAUAUUUCCCUGACCUCGCCGCUGAGGGAACAGAGAGACGCAGACACGCUAAAACUGUCAAGUAGUGGCGGACGGGCUAUAGCUGGUUGACUUUUAAAAACUGAACAGACCGACCGCCGCGACUUGACAGUUUUCGAGUGUCUGAGUCUCUCUGUUCCCUCACCGGCGAGGUCAGAGAAACGCGAAAACAGCGCGUCAACAAGAGAGGGUCGUCGAGAGACGAGGAGGGCGCAGAGACCUUUUCACGUUGCGGAAAACUAAAUGACCUUGCCGGUGAGGAGGUAGAGGGCACAGACAGGUCAAAUUGGACAUGUAUUGAUCAAGCAUUUCCCAUUGGGGUAUCUAGCCUGUGUACCACGAAUUGGAAUUUCACCAAACGACAUUCCGCUGUGCCGCUUUGCGCCAAGGUAAUCUACUUUCAUGUGCUCCCACAGCAAUAACAAUCAAUUGAAAACGUAACCUAAAUUCGAAAGACGCUUCGCGAACGCACGCAGCGCAACAGCGGAAUGUCGUUCGGUGAAAUUUCAAGUCGUGGCAAACAGAUUAUAUCUGCACGAACAAGGAAUGAAAUGUUAGAUACGUUUUACUACUCGAAGAAAACCGUCCUCUGUUUCCGUUUCAUGAGUACAGCCCUGGCGUAGGCCGACGGAUGACGUCGACGCGUCUUCCCUCGAGAAUAUGUGUCAAGCUUUUGCGUCUGUGGUGCCAUCAAACGAGCAGCAGGUGCGACUCGCCUAUGUUUCACCUGAGCUUGUCACUUGGCCUCGGCCGCCAUCGAUUGAUCCGUAG